CCCGCCGCAGUCCCGGCGCCGCCGCUCCGGCCCCGCUCCGGCCCCGCUCCGGCCCCGCCGCGGCCGCUCCGGCCCCGCUCCGGCCCCUCCCGGGCCCCGCCGGCCGGGCCGGGCCGGGCCGCCCCCGCCAGGCACCGCCGGCAGCGUCCCGAUCCCGGAACGCCGCGGUGCUGCGACGCUCUGCUCGCCAGAAAAAUCCAAAUAAACACCUCUGAAACCUUCCGGCAGGCAGCAGAAAACAAAAAUGCGCCCGAUGCGGAUCUUUGUGAACGACGACCGGCACGUGAUGGCCAAGCACUCGGCCGUGUACCCCACGCAGGAGGAGCUGGAGGCCGUGCAGAACAUGGUGUCCCACACGGAGCGGGCGCUCAAAGCCGUCUCCGACUGGAUUGACGAGCAGGAGAAAGUCAGCGGGGAGCAGCCGGAGACGGAGUCCAUGGAGACGGCGGCCGAGGAGGAGAGCAAGGAAGGAGGGGAUCAGAAAGCCACGGAGCAGCUGACGAGGACCCUGCGGGGCGUGAUGCGCGUGGGGCUCGUGGCCAAAGGCCUCCUGCUGAAGGGGGACCUGGACCUGGAGCUGGUCCUGCUGUGCAAAGACAAACCCACGGCCAAGCUCCUGGAGAAGGUCGCCGAGAAUCUGGGAGUGCAGCUCGCGGCGAUCACCGAGGACAAGUACGAGAUCAUCCAGUCUGUGGGGGACGCCGCCAUCAUCAUCAAGAACACCAAGGAGCCCCCGCUGACCCUGACCAUCCACCUGACGUCGCCCGUGGUCAGGGAGGAGCUGGAGAAGCAGCUGGCCGGAGAAACGCUCUCAGUCACCGACUCCCCGGACGUUCUGGACAGGCAGAAAUGCCUUGCUGCCUUGGCGUCUCUGCGCCACGCCAAGUGGUUCCAGGCCAGGGCCAACGGGCUGAAGUCGUGCGUCAUCGUCAUCCGGGUGCUGCGGGACCUGUGCACGCGCGUGCCCACCUGGGCCCCGCUCCGAGGAUGGCCUCUGGAGCUGCUGUGUGAGAAGUCCAUCGGCACGGCCAACCGGCCCAUGGGCGCGGGCGAGGCGCUGCGCCGGGUGCUGGAGUGCCUGGCCUCGGGCAUCGUCAUGCCAGAUGGUUCUGGUAUUUAUGACCCUUGUGAAAAAGAAGCCACUGAUGCUAUUGGGCAUCUAGACAGACAACAAAGGGAAGAUAUCACACAGAGUGCUCAGCACGCGCUGCGGCUCGCCGCCUUCGGCCAGCUCCACAAGGUCCUGGGCAUGGAUCCCCUGCCCUCCAAAAUGCCCAAGAAACCAAAGAACGAGAACCCAGUCGAUUAUACUGUUCAGAUCCCGCCCAGCACCACGUACGCCGUGACCCCCAUGAAGCGGCCGAUGGAGGAGGAUGGGGAGGAGAAAUCCCCCAGCAAAAAGAAAAAGAAGAUUCAGAAAAAAGGUAUUGAGUUAACGAGAGAGGAGAAGCUGGAGCCUCCACAGGCCAUGAACGCGCUGAUGAAGCUGAACCAGCUCAAACCAGGGCUCCAGUACAAACUGGUGUCCCAGACCGGCCCCGUGCACGCUCCCAUCUUCACCAUGUCCGUGGAGAUCGACGGCAGCACCUUCGAGGCCUCGGGGCCGUCCAAGAAAACGGCGAAGCUGCACGUGGCUGUGAAGGUGCUGCAGGACAUGGGUUUGCCCACCGGAGUGGAAGGCAAGGACUCCAGCAAGGGCGACGAGUCGGCCGAGGAGACGGAGACGAAGCCGGUGGUUGUGGCUCCUCCGCCCGUGGUGGAAACGGUGUCAACGCCCACAGCAGCCUCACCCCCCUCGGAUCAGACCCCUGAGAACGUGAAGCAGCAGGGACCAAUCCUGACAAAGCACGGGAAGAACCCGGUGAUGGAGCUGAACGAGAAGCGGCGCGGGCUCAAGUACGAGCUGAUCUCGGAGACGGGCGGGAGCCACGACAAGCGCUUUGUCAUGGAGGUGGAGGUGGACGGGCAGAAGUUCCAAGGUGCUGGCUCAAACAAGAAGGUGGCCAAAGCCUACGCGGCGCUGGCCGCGCUGGAGAAGCUGUUCCCAGAUGCUCCCGUUGCCAUCGAGCAGAACAAGAAGAAAAGAGCCCCCGUUCCAGCCAGAGGUGGCCCCAAAUUCCCAGUCAAACAGCACAACCCGGGGUUCGGCAUGGGGGGGGGCCCCAUGCACAACGAGGCCCCCCCGCCCCCCAACAUGCGGGGCCGCGGCCGGGGCGGCAACAUGCGGGGCCGGGGGAGAGGCCGGGGCGGCUUCGGCGGCAACCACGGCGGCUACAUGAACACAGGGGCUGGGUACGGCAGCUAUGGCUACGGAGGGAAUUCUGCCACUGCUGGCUACAGCCAGUUCUACAGCAACGGAGGCCACUCCAACUCGGGGGGCGGCGGCGGCUCCUCGGGCUACGGCUCCUACUACCAGGGCGGCGACGGCUACACGGCCCCCGCGCCGCCCAAGCACGGCGGCAAGAAGCAGCAGCACGGCGGCGGCCAGAAGGCCUCGUACGGCUCCGGCUACGGCACCCACCAGGGCCAGCAGCCCUACGGGCAGGGCCAGUACGGCGGCUACGGCCCCGGGCAGGGCAAGCAGAAAGGCUACGGCCACGGCCAGGGUGGCUACUCCUACUCCAACUCCUACAACUCGCCCGGCGGCGGCUCCGACUACAACUACGAGAGCAAAUACAGUUACAGCGGCAACAGCGGCCGCGGCGGCGGCGGCAACAACUACUCCGGGGGCGGCUCCUACAACUCGGGCUCCCACGGGGGCUACGGGGGCUCCGGGGGCGGGGGCUCCUCGUACCAAGGUAAGGCAGGUGGAUACUCCUCCCAGUCCAACUACAACUCCCCGGGUUCCCAGAACUACAGCGGCCCCCCCAGCUCCUACCAGGCGUCCCAGGGUGGAUACGGCAGGAACGAGCACAGCAUGAGUUACCAGUACAGAUAAACGCCCGUGUCCCGCCGCGCUGCCCCCGGGAUCCUCCGGGUUUUAGCCCUUUUUCCCCCCACCCCGUUGCUCUGUGUGACCCGUCACUGGCGGCCGCCCCGCGCCCGCCGCCCCUGGGCCUCUAUUUAAUGGGUCGUAGUUGCCACGACGACUUGGUCUAAAUAGGAUUAUUAUUAUUAUUUUUGGGGGUUUUUGUUGUUAUUUUUUUUUUUGUUUCGUUUUUUGGUUGUUUUUUUUUUUUUGGGGAAGUCAAUCCAAUUCUGGAGCCUUUUCCCAGGCCCCGGCUGGGGGACGGGCCCUCGUUGUUCUGCUUUUGUGAAGUGCGUUAAAAAGGAGCUUUUUUCGGUA